AUGUGUUGGUUUUUUAUUGCGGAUUUUGGAGACGAGAGUCACAGCGGUGGUGAGAUUACAUCUUGUCUACCUUCAUCCGCUGGAGGACCACCUCCAGCAUCGUACCAUGACCUUGAGGAAAAGUCCCAGUUCGCGAACCAGACAUUUAUUGGGGGCUUACAAGUCUGUGUUAUUGUCCACUACCUGGAAAGCCCAAUCGGCGAAUAUGAUGAGCUUCUAUGGAUUCCUGGAGCUUUUCAGAACCCUUGGUCAGGGAAGCAGACAUAUCGAGCUACCCGAGCUUAUGUUUCCACGGGAGCCUCUCUAUAUAAUGGACGCAAGAAUUGGAACGUUCCAAAAAUAGUGACAGUAUUGCCAUAUGAUGGGAAGGAACCAUUCAUGGAACUCGAUCUUAAACCAAUACUUUUCAAGUCCACACCAUUUCUACCUAUCAAUACCAAAUACAUCCCUAUAGCUUUUAGUUUCGACUUUCCUCCUCUCCAACAAGGUGAGGAAGAAGGAUUGGUCGGGACGUACGAGUGGAAGCGAGUCCUUCUAGGAAUAUCUGGUAAGGCUGGAAUGGUCAAGGUAAAAGGGACAACGGACGACGGCAUUCAUUAUCCGCGACUGAACAACGGGGGGUAUUGGUUGUGGGUAAAGGACGCCAAAAUUCGGAUUGAAGGGGCUCAGGUACGAUCAAAAGAGUGA